CACGUGGUAUCUCUCGGGACUGAAAUUUUUUUCCCCCGUCACACCUUCCUCGAAAAAACCAAAAGAAAAUCCUCUCUCUCUCUGUGCUGGGCUGGGGAUCUGAGUUUCCGCUUCUCAAUGCAUGUUUUUCUCUCUCUAUAAAAAGAGAAUACCAAUUGCUGGCGAGAAGAAGAGGGAGGGAGGAAGAGAGUUCGUAGGCGUUGAUGCAGCAGAAAGGGAGAGCAUUCAACCGCAGAUCCAGGAGCUUCUCCAGAUCUCGCGUUGCCAUCGAGGGUUCAUAGAUCUUACUUCUUCCCCCUGAUUUCUCUCACUCCCUCUGACUCCGUCAAUUCAUCAUUUUAUUCAUCACCUUUCUCCUUUCUCGACCCAUAUCAAAUCCUCAUUCCCAUUCCUGCGACUCUCUCAAACCUCAACAAUGGCUGCCCAGGGAGGAGAACGGGAGAUUCAAAAGAGCUACUGGAUCGAACACUCGGCGGACCUCACCGUCGAGGCCAUGAUGCUCGACUCCAAAGCCGCUGAUCUCGACAAAGAAGAGAGGCCUGAGGUACUCUCUCUGCUUCCACCGUUUGAAGGAAAAUCAGUUCUGGAACUAGGAGCUGGUAUUGGCCGUUUUACUGGUGAAUUGGCUAAGAAGGCCAAUCAGGUUUUAGCUUUGGACUUCAUUGAUAGUGCGAUAAAGAAGAAUGAGAAAAUCAAUGGGCACUAUGGAAAUGUCAAGUUUAUGUGUGCUGAUGUGACAUCCCCAGAUCUACAAAUUUCAGCUGAAUCAAUGGACUUGAUAUUCUCAAAUUGGCUACUGAUGUAUCUUUCCGACAAAGAGGUUGAAUGUCUUGUUGAAAGGAUGGUAAAGUGGCUGAAGGUUGGUGGGUUUAUUUUCUUCAGAGAAUCAUGUUUCCAUCAAUCUGGAGAUUGUAAGCGAAAGAACAACCCAACCCAUUAUCGGGAGCCCAGAUAUUAUACUAAGGUCUUCAAGGAAUGUCAUCUCUGUGAUGGUUCUGGGAAUUCAUUUGAACUCUCCCUUGUUGGCUGCAAAUGCAUUGGGGCUUACGUGAGGAACAAGAAAAACCAAAAUCAGAUUUGCUGGAUAUGGCAGAAAGUCAGUACCGAGGAUGAUAGGGGGUUCCAGAAAUUCUUGGAUAAUGUCCAGUAUAAGCUCAAUGGCAUAUUACGAUAUGAACGCGUCUUUGGGCAGGGUUUUGUUAGCACAGGAGGGAUGGGGACAACAAAAGAAUUUGUUGCAAAGUUGGAUCUUAAGCCUGGCCAGAAAGUCCUGGAUGUGGGCUGUGGCAUUGGUGGAGGUGACUUUUACAUGGCUGAGAGCUUUGACGUGCAUGUUGUCGGCAUUGACCUGUCUAUAAAUAUGGUUUCUUUUGCUUUGGAACGGGCAAUUGGGCUCAACUGUUCAGUUGAAUUUGAGGUUGCUGAUUGCACCAAGAAAUCAUAUCCUGACAACUCAUUUGAUGUGAUCUACAGUCGUGACACAAUUCUCCACAUUCAAGAUAAACCUGCAUUGUUCAAAUCAUUUUACAAGUGCUUAAAGCCAGGUGGAAAAGUUCUUAUCAGUGAUUACUGCAAGAGUGCUGAACCUCCAUCGCUAGAAUUUGCGGCCUACAUCAAGCAAAGAGGAUAUGAUCUGCACAGUGUCGAAGCAUAUGGCCAGAUGCUUAGAGAUGCUGGUUUUGAUGAGGUCGUUGCAGAGGACCGAACAGAUCAGUUCAUGAAGGUUCUUCAGAUGGAGCUAAACGCAGUUGAGAAGGAUAAGAAAGAAUUCAUCGAAGACUUCUCUGAAGAGGAUUAUAACGAAAUAGUUGGCGGGUGGAAUGCAAAGUUGAUCCGUAGUUCAUCCGGUGAGCAGAGGUGGGGGCUUUUUAUUGCAAAGAAAAAUUGAUGCCCGCCUAUGUUUGGUGUUCUGUUCUGUUUGUUGCUUCUAUGUGUGUUUGGUUGUGGAACUUGCCAUCCGAAUAAAAUUGGGACUAUUGGAGUCCCGUAGUUUAUGGAGUCUCAACAGUAGUAUCUAUGUAGCCUCGGUUGUUGAGGACGUAUUUUAUGAUGUCUUGGUUGAAUCCCGGUUUGGAUAGACCCCAUGUUGUUGGUUAUGUUACUGUAGAAUGCGAAGUUUUAGUUGAAUCUGAAAUAAACUUGUGGUAGUGCAAUUAAAGCCUCAUUUCGAUACA